AAUCCGAUUCACUCUUGGUUCGGUGUUCCUGAGAUAGCCGAGAGAUCGCCUUUGAGUAUAUCUGAGAACUUCUUCGCCGCCUCAUAUCUUGAACUCGGUUCCAUUGCGGCGAAUUUAGGUUUCACAAGAUUGGCAAAUGUGGUCCAUGAGAACGUUCCGUCUUCAAUGUUCAAAUCUUCUAGCUUCGACUCACGCUUGACGUUUGUAAUCUCAUGUUUCCGCUCCCUUCGCUUGGCGUCCUUCCACGGAGGGAAUGAAAUACCGUGCUUCUUAUUCGAUGGAGGCUUGGCUAAUAAGGAUUCCUGA